AUGUCUUUUUGUGCAUAGUCCCACUGUGAAAUGAAUCUACCCUCUCAUCGUUAAGUCAUCCUUUGCUCUUUAUGCAGAGUUUUCACAUUUUAAAGUAGACUAGGAAAGUAUAGACUAUAGUGGGGCCCAGCAGAUGUGAUCACAACCCCACGACAUUUUAAUAAUAGCUUGAUCCAAGUUUUAAUAUUCAAGAGCAAAUUCUAUUGCCCCUGAAAUCACGAGGCAGACAGCUUCUCAGGAAGCAAUAUUGCGUGAUGCUUAGGAGCUUCAGAUCUGCUCUAUGGUGAAGUGAAACUUGCGGAUUCCAAAACCACGUGUAAGCAGGCUUAGAUAAAUUUCUGGAAAGCAAUGGAAGAAGAUGAUAUCUACACAAAAGAUGGGACUGUGGAUUACAAGGGAAAUCCUGCUAAUAAGAAGGAAACUGGAACCUGGAGAGCCUGCCCAUUUAUCAUAGGAAAUGAAGGCUGUGAAAGAUUGGCAUACUAUGGGAUGAGUACCAAUCUGGUGCUUUAUUUCAAGCAUCGGCUAAAUCAGCAUAGUGCAGUUGCCACUAAAAAUAACCAGAACUGGGGUGGCACAUGCUACAUUACACCAUUAAUUGGAGCAUUUCUGGCUGAUUCUUAUCUAGGAAGAUAUUGGACAAUUGCUGGUUUCUCAAUCAUCUAUAUAAUUGGAAUGACACUUUUAGCAUUGUCUGCAUCAGUCCGCGGCAUAAAGCCAAGAUGUUAUGCAGAAGAUAACUGCAAUCCAACAGAAACACAAAGCGCUAUGGCCUUUCUAGCGCUUUACCUGAUAGCACUAGGAACAGGAGGAAUUAAGCCUUGUGUUUCAUCAUAUGGAGCUGAUCAGUUUGAUGACACAGACGAAAAGGAGAAGAAACACAAGAGUUCUUUCUUCAAUUGGUUCUAUCUUUCUAUAAACAUUGGUGCUCUUAUUGCGGCUUCUGUGCUUGUCUGGGUACAAGAUAAUGUGAGCUGGGGAUGGGGUUUUGGCAUCCCUGCUAUAGCCAUGGCAAUAGCUGUCUGCUUUUUCUUUUCAGGUACUCGUUUGUAUCGAAACCAAAAGCCUGGAGGCAGCCCUCUCACACGCCUGUGUCAGGUAUUGGUGGCAUCCAUCAGGAAAUAUAAAGUUGCAGUACCUGCUGAUAAGUCUCUUUUGUAUGAGACAGCAGAUGCAGAAUCCAAUAUCAAAGGAAGCCGCAAGAUUGACCACACAAAUGAUCUCAGUUUCUUUGACAAAGCCGCUGUGGAAAUUCAAACAGACCAAUUAAAGGGCUUAGUAAAUCCGUGGAGACUUUGCACAGUUACACAGGUUGAGGAGCUGAAAGCUAUAAUUCGGUUGCUUCCCAUAUGGGCCUCUGGGAUUAUCUUUUCUACAGUUUACAGUCAGAUGGGCAACUUAUUUGUGUUGCAAGGUGAAAGAAUGGAUACUCGCGUUGGUCACUCUAACUUCAGGAUCCCACCAGCAUCACUUUCCAUCUUCGACACUCUCAGUGUGAUCUUUUGGGUGCCAGUCUAUGACAGAAUCAUUGUCCCAGUGACAAGAAAAUUCACCGGUCACAAGAAUGGCCUAACUCAACUUCAGCGGAUGGGAAUCGGCCUCUUCAUAUCAAUAUUUGCCAUGGUAGCUGCAGCAAUUCUGGAGCAGGAAAGACUGAAAAUAAUCAAGAGGCACAACUACUACGAGCUAAAGGAAAUGCCUUUGACCAUCUUUUGGCAAGUUCCACAGUAUUUCCUCAUAGGGUGUGCAGAGGUUUUCACAUUCAUCGGACAGUUGGAGUUUUUCUAUGAACAAGCACCUGAUGCAAUGAGGAGUUUCUGCUCUGCUCUAUCACUCACCACUGUUGCUCUUGGUAGCUACUUGAGCUCUCUACUUGUAACCAUUGUCACCAGCGUGACUGCUAAGAAUGGGAAGCCCGGGUGGAUACCAGACAACCUAAAUUAUGGUCACGUUGAUUACUUCUUCUGGCUCUUGGCAGUGUUGAGCAUAAAUUUCUUGAAAGUCAUGGCUGAGGAUGACUUUUACACGAAUGAUGGAACAGUGGAUUACCAGGGAAACCCUGCCAAUAAAAAGAAGACUGGAACCUGGAAAGCAUGUCCCUUUAUCAUUGGAAAUGAAUGUUGUGAAAGGUUGGCCUACUAUGGGAUGAGCAGCAAUCUGGUGCUUUACUUCAAGCAUCGACUCCAUCAGCAUAGUUCUGUUGCUACUAGAAAUAACCAGAACUGGAGUGGAACAUGCUAUAUCACACCAUUGAUCGGAGCAGUUCUUGCGGAUGCUUUCCUGGGAAGAUAUUGGACAAUUGCCUUUUUCUCAAUCAUUUAUGUCUUAGGAAUGACACUUUUAGCAUUUUCUGCAACCGUACAUGGCAUCAGGCCAAGGUGUUACGCGGAGGAUAACUGCAAUCCAACAGUUAUGCAAAGUGCAGUGUUCUUUGUAGCACUUUACAUGGUUGCACUGGGAACAGGAGGAAUUAAGCCUUGUGUCUCAUCAUAUGGAGCAGAUCAGUUUGAUGACACCGAUGAGACUGAGAAGAAACAUAGGAGCUCUUUCUUCAAUUGGUUUUACUUUUCCAUAAAUAUUGGUGCUCUUGUUGCUUUUUCUGUGCUGGUCUGGGUACAGGAUAAUGUGAGUUGGGGAUGGGGUUUUGGAAUUCCUGCCAUUGCUAUGGCAGUGGCUGUUACAUUUUUCUUUUUAGGUACUCGUUUGUACCGCAACCAGAAGCCUGGAGGUAGCCCUCUCACACGCCUCUGUCAGGUGGUGGUAGCAACCUUCAGGAAAUUCCGAUUGGCAGUACCUGCUGAUAAGUCUCUUCUGUACGAGAUUGCAGAUGCUGAAUCCAAUAUCAGAGGAAGCCGGAAGAUUGAGCACACAGAAGAUCUUAGUUUCUUUGACAAAGCGGCUGUGGAAACUGAAUCAGACCACAUAAAGGGUACAGUAAACCCAUGGAGACUUUGCACAGUUACUCAAGUUGAGGAGCUAAAAGCUAUCAUUCGCUUACUCCCCAUAUGGGCAACUGGAAUCGUCUUUGCUGCUGUGUGCAGUCAGAUGAGCAAUUUUUUUCUGUUGCAAGGGGAAAGAAUGAAUACUCAUGUUGGGAAUUCUGCCUUCAAGAUACCACCAGCAUCACUUUCGAUCUUUGACACCCUUAGUGUUAUCUUUUGGGUGCCAAUCAAUGACAGAAUCAUUGUCCCAGUGACAAGAAAAUUCACUGGUCACAAGAAUGGCCUAACUCAACUUCAGCGGAUGGGCAUUGGUCUAUUAAUAUCAAUAUUUGUCAUGAUAUUUGCUGCAAUUCUGGAACUUGAAAGACUCCGAAUAGUGAGGAAGCACAAUUACUAUGAGCUUAAGGAAAUGUCAAUGACAAUAUUUUGGCAAGUUCCACAAUAUUUCCUCAUAGGGUGUGCAGAGGUUUUCACAAUCAUUGGACAAUUGGACUUUUUCUAUGCGCAAGCCCCUGAUGCUAUGAGGAGCCUCUGCUCAGCUCUACAACUCACCAUCAUUGCACUUGGUAACUACUUGAGCUCCCUGCUUGUGACUAUUGUUUCAAGUAUAACCGCUAGGAACGGAAAGCUCGGGUGGAUACCAGACAACUUAAAUUAUGGCCAUAUUCAUUACUUCUUCUGGCUCUUGGCAUUGCUGAGUGUGCUAAAUUUUGGGGCAUUUCUCUUGAUUGCAAAAUGGUACACAUAUAAAAGUCCAGUGGGGACUCUUCGUUGAUUUUAUAAUUUCCACUUUACGUGCUGAAGUGACUGUAAACAAUUUUUCGCCUGCUUAGAUUGUAGUAUGUCCCCCAUUU